CCCAGUUCUACCCCACAUUCCCAUAUUUCGACCCGCACCGCAAUUGCCAUGGCGCCGCCUUCGUCUUCGUCGUCUACGUCCAUCGCGGGACCGCCGCCUUCAGGCCCAACCCUAUCCGAACGCAUCGCUGCCAUUCAGAACAUGGACAUCUCUCGCGUACUUCGGCUCAUGCGCCUUGGCAACGUGUUCUGUUCAGUGUUCCAGAUUGUGGCUGGAAUCGGCGGCGUGUUCAACCUCAUCGCGCUGAAUGUCACGGGCGCGCUUCUAUCUAUGUACGUGGUGCUCUUCGGCCUGCUCUUCCUCUUGUUUGAGUGCCGCUUGAAGAGCAUGGAAAGCCGCAUCCGAGCCAACUUUGGGUUCCUCUUCUCGUACAACGGCCGCGCCGGGUUCAUUUUCUUCAUCGGGUUCCUCGAUUUCGGCAUGGGGUCCGCCAUGGGCACCGUGGCCGGCAUCCUUAUGUGCCUGAACGCGUUCCUCAACCUCUUUAUCAUGCUCAAGCACCCCGAGUUCGCCUCUGGCGCUGUCCGCAAGGACGCCGACCCGACUACAGGGUACGCCGAUUCCAAGGAAGCAGCGCAAGCAUACCUCCAUUCGAACCCGCAAGUCGCCCUCCAAGCGACCAAAUUUGCGCUCUCUGGAAGAUAAGCUGCCAUUUCAUGGUGCAUUGAAUAUAUUCCAGGAUCAAGGAUGAUUCCAUCUCCUUUUGUACUGUACUAAUAGUAGUACUAGUGGGGUAUAUUAAUCUCACAAUUCUGAACAGAUA